CACAAGUCGAGACUGGAUGCGAGUCAGUUGCGAGCCAGUGGGGAGCGCGAACGUUUGAACCGGACGACGUUUGCAAGUGUCUCUUGCAGUGUUUCUUAGUGGGGUUCGGGAUCGCUCGCUGAUUCCUACUGCAUAUCGAUUGAGUUACCGAGACAAUAUCUCUCGUUUGUUUAGUGAGGAUCGUUGAAGAAAAGGGCAUUGAUUGACCCAUUUGGUGGAAGCGCAGUUUCUCGAGAUGAUGGACACCGAACAGCAGCAUGCGCCGUGUACACCGGAGCCGGGCAAUGGAAAAGAAGGCAAGGCUCGUGGUGCAGACAUAAACUACGGCAUCGACGACAAUCCACCAUGGUACUUCUGCAUCAUGAUGGCGCUGCAGCACUACCUAACGAUGAUCGGUGCGAUCGUCUCGAUUCCCUUCAUCCUAACGCCCGCGCUCUGCAUGAGCGACGAAGAUCCUGCCCGUGGCACCAUCAUUUCCACCAUGAUCUUCGUCACCGGACUGAUCACAUACCUGCAGGCAACCUGGGGCUGCCGGCUACCCAUCGUCCAGGGUGGUACCAUCUCCUUUCUCGUGCCCACGCUCGCCAUCCUCAACCUACCCCAGUGGAAGUGUCCACCGGCCGAAGUAAUAGACGCGAUGACCGAGUCAGACCGUACCGAACUUUGGCAGGUGCGGAUGCGUGAACUUUCCGGCGCCAUUGCCGUAGCAGCCGUGUCGCAGGUUGUGCUCGGGUUCAGUGGACUCGUGGGCAAGUUGCUGCGCAUCAUCACACCACUGACGAUCGUACCGACGGUGGCACUGGUGGGCAUAACACUGUUCCAGCACGCGAGCGAAACAGCCUCCAAACAGUGGGGCAUAGCGGUCGGAACCACCGCCAUGUUGACGCUGUUCUCGCAGGUGAUGUCCGAGGUACAGUUCCCCGGGGUCGCUUACCGGAAGGGUCAGGGAUUGCGCUUGAUCUGGUUCCCGCUGUUCAAACUGUUCCCUGUACUGCUCACGAUCGCGAUCAUGUGGACGGUGUGUGGGGUGUUGACUGCGACCGGCGUUUUCCCCGAGGGACAUCCGGCCCGUACCGAUGUACGGUUGCGGGUGCUGCAGGAUGCCGAAUGGUUCCGCAUACCGUACCCGGGCCAGUUCGGGUUGCCGACCAUAUCGUUGGCCGGUGUGCUGGGCAUGUUGGCCGGUGUGAUAGCCUGCACGGUGGAGUCGAUCAGCUACUAUCCGACGAUCUCGCAGAUGUGUGCGGCACCACCGCCGCCGCUGCACGCCAUUAACCGGGGCAUCGGUAUUGAAGGACUCGGCACCGUGUUGGCAGGGCUGUGGGGAUCCGGCAAUGGGACGAACACGUUCGGGGAGAAUGUGGGCGCGAUCGGUGUCACCAAGGUGGGCAGCCGGCGGGUUAUUCAGUGGGCCGCCUUCAUCAUGAUUCUUCAGGGCGUCCUGAACAAGUUCGGUGCCGCCUUUAUCAUGAUACCGGACCCGGUUGUCGGUGGCAUCUUCUGCGUAAUGUUCGGCAUGAUAACAGCGUUCGGACUGGCAGCGCUACAGUACGUGGAUUUGCGUUCGGCCCGCAAUCUCUACAUACUGGGCGUAUCGUUCUUCUUCCCGCUGGUGCUCUGUCUGUGGCUGCAGCAGCAUCCGGGCGCGAUCGACACAGGGAAUGCAACGGUCGAUUCGACACUCUCGGUACUGCUCGGCACGACCAUUCUCGUUGGUGGUGUGUUGGGAUGCGCACUGGACAACCUCAUCCCUGGUACGCCCGAGGAACGUGGGCUGGUUGCUUGGUCGAAAGAGAUGGCACUGGAAACGGACAGUGGGGAUGGACUGCCGGCGGGCGGUAUACAGAUGGAACGGAACACGUUCGAUUUCCCCUACGGAAUGGGGUUGAUGCGACGAUGGAAAUGGACCCGACACGUACCGUUCCUUCCAACCUACAAGAUGAAGCUUUGAGGACCAACUUUCCAAGAAUAGACGAAAAAUUGACACGGAAGGUUUCUACUCAUGCCGCUCAUCGCACACUGCCGUAACGGAUUAGUCCUUACACUUUGGAUGCAGUUGCUCUGGGACACCAUGCAGUUGGACUGGAAUUCAUAAUGUGGAUGACUACAAGGAACUGUGCGCGAGGUCUGGCAACAGUUAAAGGAAGACGUUAGCGUAGCGGACGGGAUGGAAGAUGCAAGUAGAUGGAGGAAACAAUGGAAGCGACAUCAAACUAAUAAGGCAGGCAACAAAUGAUGCUUUGGCAUGAGUUGAAGCCUGGACAUCAAAAGCUCAAAGAACUAGGCUGAGGCGUCAAGCGAGCCAGCCUGAGAGCCUUCGAGUGCUGAGGGCCUCACCCAUAAUUUUGCGGUAUAGGAGCAGCUGCACUAAGAGAAGGAGAUUGAAAGAACCAAUUUAAGAUCAUCUGCAAGGAAACAUUCUUUAGGAGGAAAAUAGAACAGAGCAGACAUUAUUAAAAUGGAUAAACAAUAAAUCGCUCAGGACAAGCAAAAGGCAUUGUUGAAGCUCUAAUCCUCACAGAACUAGAACGAUCACAUGCAUGUUGGUCCAUAGAACUAGAAAACUGAUGUCUUUUCAAGUUGAAAUAUAUAGAAACAAUUACAA